AUGUCAGGCUUCCAAAAUAUUCGCUUUGCUGAAGGCUUUUCUGAUAAAGAGAACGCCUGCUUGCCGACAAAUGACUACCCUCAACCUGCUUCUUUACAGAACAAAUCUGGGGGACCGCCUUCUAUUGCCUCCUCCGACCUAGCUCCAGAGGUGUUUUUCCGCUGGGAGUUAGAUAGUGCAGUUUCUAAUUCUUCCAAACCUCCCAAAUCUGCGUUAGUGCCAGAACAACCCCAGUCUUAUAGCCAGAGUCAACUUGCUAAUCCCGAUGCUCCUGCAUCAGUAGCAGAUUCAGCCGAACAGAAGCAAGCAGUGGAAUGUCAACAGUCAUAG